UCCAACUCCCCUCUCUCCCCUUUCCCGCGUAUUCCCAAGCCUCCCUCUUUUCUCUCCCUUUUCUCUCCGUUUCUCUCCAAUUUCUGCACAUAGUCCCCCAUUUCUGAUCUCCCACUUCUCUCCAAUUUCUGCACAUCCAUCUCUCAAAGAAGAAGUCGACACACAUCUUCAACAGAGAAUAUGAUAUAUCUUCACUAUUCACGGUCAUCUUCACUAUUCAGGAUUCCUAGCGAGCGAGAGAUAGAGAGAGAGCCAACUUCGUCGCCCCCAAGCGAUUAGCCUUCCUCACCUGUGCGACCCAAGCCUCUCUACCCUGUUUCAAUAAUGGCGACCGAGACGACUGUGAAGGACGUUUCGCCUUACGAGUUCGUGAAGGCCUACUCGGCUCAUCUCAAGCGAUCCGGCAAGAUGGAGCUGCCGGAGUGGGCAGAUAUUGUGAAGACUGCAAGGUUUAAGGAACUGGCUCCUUACAACCCUGAUUGGUAUUAUGUGAGAGCUACCUCCAUGGCAAGGAAGAUCUACCCGAGGGGAGGUCUUGGUGUUGCUUCUUUUAGAAGGAUUUGUGGUGGGGGUCAGAGGAAUGGAAGUCGUCCACCCCAUUUCUGCAUACAUGAUUCUUGUAUGCAAGAACCACCAAAACCUCGAAAAUGA